CAUUUACUUUGCUUUCAUCUUAAUUUGUCGUGUGGCUUGAUACAUUCCAGGGAAAAGUCACCAGCCUCAAUGCUCUAUUCAAGCAAACUUUAGAAUUUCCAUCUUUGCAUCAUAUCAAUGUAACACUGAUGGCGGAAAAUACUCGUGAUCAGUGGGAGUGUCUCGCGCCGUUUGAUGCGGAUCCAGAUAUUGCGGGACCUGGAGUAAGUCACUUUAUGAUAUCGUAUCACAUCUUUUCUGACAGAUCUUGAAGGUUAUAACAAGUUUUCUGGCCACAGCCUGGGUCACUUGUUUUGUGGCAUGUAUCCAAUUGUAUUGCGUUAUGUCAUCAAGAUUCCGUCUUAAACUUCUUUCUUCGGUAUCUGGAACCACUGCCGAGCACGUUGGCAAAUAUACGGUCAAGCUCACAAGAGUCUAUAUAUCAUCAUCUGUCGAACGGAGAUUUCCAAGAUGUAUUAGGGGCAUUCAUAUCAGCCUUUAUGCCGUCCGAUGCCUGCUGGCUAUGUUUCUAAGUCUCUUUCGCGAUGCCCAACCACGACUUCAAUUAUUCUCUCAGAUGGCAUUGGAUCGAUUGUGCGACCUCCAGCUUGUUACAGGAACCGCUAUAAUCAUUGCAGGAAUAGCUGAGUUUCAUCAUAUGUCAUUCUAUCACCAGUCUCUCAUUACCAGUUAUUGGCUUCUUACACUCAACGCAUUUUGGGCUGCUCGUGCGGGGUAUCUUAACUCGGAGCAUUACGGGCACGGAAGGAGCUUUUAUUUUUGGACACGUUGGGUCUUUAUUCUGAUAAGUGAUUUAUUGUCCAUUUAUUAUCAAAUCGGCACUACUCUCGAAGCCGCGAACCAUUGGGAUUCCGAAGAAAGCGGUCAUUGUUAUCUCUCAAACGAACCAUCACCAACUAAUUCGCAGUACUUUUGGAUCGUGGGUAUCUCUUUCGAAGUUGUGUAUAUGUUAUUUUAUUCUAUGCAACAGAUUACGAAGUCCCUAUCUAACAAAUGGCAAUGGUUGAGGGGUUUUUUGGACUUGAUCGCGAACACCUCGAAUAACUUGUCCAAUGAAAGUCAGCAGCGCACAUUGAACUUCUGGACAGCGGUGGAGUUUCAUACCAACCACUGGCCAAUUGCUUUGAAAAUUAUAUUACAUGCUUUCAGAACUGUAUUUUACAUUUUCUGGCAUGUAUUUUGGCAAAUUAUCGCACUGUGUGCAUGGGGUGAUAACGGAUCAGUACUAAUAGUUAUUGGAUAUAUUGGAUUGGCAGCAUGGAACAUUUUUGAUGUCAUCGACACGAAGCUAUCUAACCAAAGUUUAGUAAUUGGAGAUGAGUCAACAUGGGGGUUUGGGCAAAUUCUACCCCUUGGUUUACUUGCUCUGAUAUGUUUAGAUUUACUCGAUAUCCUCAACAGUAAGUCUUCUUAGUUGCUUCCUCAAAGUUAUGCCCGCAAUUUGACACAAAAAAUUAAAUAGAAGCGUACAAGCAUCAAAGCACGAUUACUGCGCCAGAUUCAUGGGUUCAAAAAGAUGAGUUGUCGCUGGUGAGCGUGGGAAAUGAGAAACCAGUUUGACCUGAUGUUUGAACUUUCAAAGGUCCUCACUAAGGUUUCUACUGCUCGUACAUUUCAACUAGGCGUUCCAAAUGAAUGGGAACCUCCAUGAUCUAUCGCCAUUCCAAAGUAUUCAUGGUAGCACUGGAAUGAUGCGAGGGAGUUACUGUAUUUUUUUCCAAUUUAGAUAUCCUACUUUGUACUAGAGCACAGGUAAUUAGCCGAGGGUCUUUUUACACCAAAACUUAACUAUUUUAUUUAUAUAUUUUAGUAAUAAAAAAAACUAUAUUAUUGAAUUUAUAUUAAUUUUAUAAUAGAAUUUCAAUAAAAUAAUCUAAAAAUAAGAAUUUUAAAUUCUUAAAAAAAGUCAAACAAAGAAUAAUAUAAUUUUAAAAAUAACA